GCGUCCCAGUGUCCUCGCGCUUCACGUCGGUUGCUUGUCGGUCUUCCUGGUUUUAAACGUUGCCGUUUCUUUGUCGGUUUUCUAAACUAAACAGAUUCCUUCUGGUCUAAACUCUUUUGUUUUUGUCCUCAAACAUGUUUUGAGUCUGUUUUUGAAAGUGUCCACUUCUGGGUUCGGAUUUAAACGCAUCUGUCCGACAUGACGCUCGCGCACUUCACCUUUUUCACGGUUUUUUUCACGGUUUUAACGGAAGCCGCCGUUUCUCCCCCGGUGGAAACACCGGAGUACGCGCCCCUGCGGUCCAUGUUGGACGACUUCGACGUCCUGCCCGUGUCCAGUCUGCAGACGCACUCUGUCCGCCGCCGCGACGUCCAGACUCAAAGCCACGUGGAGAAACUGCUGAGCUUCCACGCCCUCCGCAGACACUUCCGGCUCUACCUGAGGACCAAUGACCAGCUGUUCACAGACAACUUCAGCGCCGUGGUGGUCGGCGAGGACGGACGGGGGCGGAGCUUCGCCAUCAACAGGAACAACUACUUUACCGGACACGUCAUCGGUGAAGAACAUUCCCGCGUCCAAGCGCACAUUGACGAUAACGAGUUCUCCGCCCGAAUCGUGACGGACGAGGCCGAGUUCCACGUGGAGCCUCUGUGGAGGUUCACUGCAGCGCCCCCCGAUGGCCGUCUGCUGGUCUACCGCUCCGAUGACAUCAGGAACCUCAGCCGUCUGCACCAGCCGUCCGUCUGCGGAUACGUGACCUCUGACCCCAGACUCCUGCUGCCGGACAGCAUCAGGGCGGAGCUGAAGGAUGAGGAAGAUGAAGAGUCAUCGUCUUCCAGGUCCAAGCGUCAGACGUUCGAUCACAGGAAGAACACCUGUCCUCUGCUGCUGGUCGCAGACCACCGCUUCUUCAAACACAUGGGCCGCAGCGAGGAAAGCACCACGCUCAACUACCUGAUCGAGUUGAUCGAUCGCGUGGACGACAUUUACAGAAACACUUCAUGGGACGAUGAGUUCACGGGUUACGGAGUCCAGAUCCAGCAGAUCAUCAUAGAGAAGAGUGCGACUCCAGUCGAACCUGGACAGAGUCACUUCAACAUGGAGGGCAGUCCGGUGGACGGCCGGGACAUCUGGGACGUCAAGAAGCUGCUGGAGCAGUUCAGCAUGGACAUUGCAGAGAAGGCAUCCAACGUGUGCCUGGCUCACCUGUUCACCUACCAGGACUUCGACGAAGGGACCCUGGGUCUGGCCUACGUGGCCCCGUCCAAACCGGACAUCCCCGGAGGACUCUGCUCCAAAGCAUGUCCGACAUCAUCCAACGAACACAAGUCUAUCUACCUGAACACCGGCCUGACCAGCACCAAGAACUACGGCAAGACCAUCCUGACCAAGGAAGCCGACCUGGUGACCACCCAUGAACUUGGACACAACUUUGGAGCGGAACAUGACCCCGAUAACAUCCCGUACUGCGCCCCCCGCGAGGACCAGGGGGGGAAGUACGUCAUGUACCCGAUUGCCGUGAGUGGAGACCACGUCAACAACAAGAUGUUCUCCAACUGCAGUAAACGCUCCAUCGUGAAGCGUCUGAGGGCGAAGGCGGCGUCCUGCUUCAAGGAGAGGACGGUCAACGUAUGCGGGAACUCCCGGGUGGAGCAAGGGGAGGAGUGUGACCCGGGUCUGCUACACAUCCACUCAGACCGCUGCUGCACCGAUGACUGUCGCCUGAGGGGCGGAGCCCAGUGCAGUGACAGAAACAGCGCCUGCUGUAAAAACUGUCAGUUCGAGGCUAAAGGUGAAGUCUGUCAGGAACCCAUCGAAGCCACGUGUAAAGGACACUCCUACUGCACAGGUAACAGCAGUGAGUGUCCGCCGCCGCAGAACGCAGACAAUAAGACGGCGUGUCUGGACAGCGGCGAGUGUGUGGGCGGAGUCUGUGUUCCGUUCUGUCAGGCGGUGUUAAAGCUGCAGCCCUGCGCCUGCAACGAGACUCACUCCUCCUGUAAAGUCUGCUGUCGCAGCAGCGGUGGUGUGUGCGCCCCCUACCAGGACCAGAGCGGACACUUCCUGUUCCUGCGCAAAGGAAAACCCUGCACUGUGGGCUUCUGCGACGGAGCGGGGAAGUGUAUGAAGCAGGUCCAGGACGUGGUGGAGCGUCUGUGGGACUUCAUCGAUAAACUGGACAUCAACACCUUUGGGAAGUUCCUGGCAGACAACAUCGUGGGUUCAGUGCUGGUUUUCUCUCUGUUGUUCUGGGUUCCACUGAGCAUCCUGGUCCACUGUGUGGAUAAGAAGUUGGACCAACAGUACGAACAGAACACCAGGUCCAUGUUCUUUCCCAGUAAUGCCGAGCUCCUCAGCAGCCUGGAGUCGGCGUCAGUCCGGAUCUUCAAACCCCCCAGCUUCCCCCCCCCGGCGGGCCUCCGUUUCCCGUCUGGACCCCAGCAGACCAGCACUCCGCCGGUGUCCGGCUCUGCCCCCGCCCCCGACAGCCCCCGCAUGGCCACCAUCCAAGAGGACCCCAGCUUCGACUCACAUGCGGAUCUGGAUCCGGACCCGGACCGGGACUCCCUGGAGGAGGCGUUCGGCCGGCCAGGGGGGGCAGCGCCCAGGUCCUUCGAAGACCUGACGGAGACGGCGCCGAGUCGAAGCGAGAAGGCCCUGAUGUUCAGACUGAAGAGACAGAGACAGAUGGACGCCAAGGAGACACAGUGCUGACCCAGACCUGGACCUGCAGGGACCUGGACCUGCAGGGACCUGAAGAGACCUGGACCCACAGGUCUCUGGUGGUUCUGGGUUUGCUCUCACUGGAUCCAGACCAGAGACCAGGACUUGACCUGACGCCAAGAUUUAAAUAUGGACUGACCCGGUACCAGAACCAGACCUGGACCUGGUCUCUGUUGGUGUAGUGGUCUGAUGACCUGCAGUCCCUGAACGCAUCAUUAAUGUGGAUUUAAGGGUUUUCUUUAAGGUGUUUUUACUAAAAUGAAAACCAAAGACCUGAUGAAAAUCCAACAGCAGGUUUAGUUUGACCCUUUAGGGUUCAGGUCAAAGGUCAAAGGUCAGAAGAACCUCAGACUUCAGCCGUUUUCAUUCAAAUUGGAACAAAAUGAAUUUAAGAAAACGCUUCGACGUCUGUUCCAGAAAAACCACAAAGUUUAACAAACAUUUUCUGCUUUUAUUCAACUUUAAUGUUUUUUAUGAAUAAAAGUUCGUUUACAGAUUUAACUUCAACAUAAUGGAUCAUUGUGAGUUCAGAUCAGCUGAUGACGACACUUUUGUCUCUAAUUCACUCCAUAAACAUUUGAGUCAAACACAAACCUUUGGUUUUUCUGCCUGAAACUGGAGAAAAAUCACUGAAUUCAUCCUGUAAUGUUUGUUUCUUUUGUUGAUUUUUCUCAUUAAUAUUUCAUCUCGUUGACGUUUGUCCUUUUUUUAAAAUUUGUUUUCUUGUUUUUUUUAAAUUUUAUAAAUAGUAUUUUUACAGGUUUGGAUUUAAUCCAGUUUUUAAUAAUCACAUGAUUUUAUACGAACACUUUUACUCCUGGUUUCCUUAGUUCACUUGUACUUUUUCUUCUGCGGUUUUCGUUUCUUCUGUGGUGUUGUUUUUUUCUUCUGUGUUUUUUUUUCUUUGGUGGUUCAUUUCUUCUUCAGUGGUUUUUGGUUCUUUGGUGGUUCAUUUCUUCUUUCAGUGGUUUUGGUUCUUCUUUGGUGGUUCAUUUCUUCUUCAGUGGUUUUUGGUUCUUUGGUGGUUCAUUUCUUCUUCAGUGGUUUUUGGUUCUUCUUUGGUGGUUCAUUUCUUCUUCGGUGGUUUUCGGUUCUUCUUCAGGGUUUCGUCCGUAUUGAUGAUCACUUGUUUGCUUCGUGGUCGUAUGUGUUAAAACUGUGGAGAUGUGAUAAAGUUUUUAAACCUUUAUGAUAAAUGUUUUUUUUAAAGAAA